GUGAAAGCUAUUGGGCUGUGAAAAAGUUUUUGUAGAAUUAGUUGUUCUAUACGAUGCUUGUUAUAUUAAAAGGAUUAUUAAAUUCCUUAUUAACCACUUUAAUUGUGAUUUUUUUUAUUCUCCUAGGGUGGUAUAUUGUGUGGAAAGUAAUACUCUCCAGAUUUAAAUUUGUCAGAGAACUGGUGGGCAGUGUACGAGGAAAGAAAGAAGAAUCAGAAGAAAAAUCUAGCAAAACCAAAAGUAAAAAGCUACGAAGGGACUAACAAUAAUCAUGAAUAUCCGUUGUGCAAAACCUGAGGACUUAAUGAAUAUGCAGCACUGCAAUUUAUUGUGUUUGCCUGAAAACUACCAGAUGAAAUACUAUUUUUACCAUGGUUUAAGUUGGCCCCAAUUAAGUUACGUUGCUGAAGAUGAAAAAGGAAAAAUUGUUGGAUAUGUAUUGGCAAAAAUGGAAGAGGACCAAGAAGAAUUGAAACAUGGGCAUAUUACUUCAUUAGCAGUUAAAAGAUCACAUCGAAGAUUAGGAUUAGCCCAAAAACUUAUGGAUCAAGCUUCAGAAGCUAUGGUAGAAUGUUUUGAUGCCAAAUAUGUAUCACUUCAUGUAAGAAAAAGCAAUAGAGCUGCUUUAAAUUUGUAUAAGAAUUCUUUAAAAUUUGAAACAGUUGAAAUUGAACCUAAAUAUUAUGCUGAUGGAGAAGAUGCCUACUCUAUGAGAAGGGAUUUGACUGAAUUUGCCAAACGAAUUAAGUCAUUAAAUGAGGAGUAGGCUUACUAAUCAUUUUUAUUUACUAUUUAUUACUUAAAUAAUCUUAAAAUAAUUAUGGUUGUAAUACCUUUUUCAAUAAACACCCAGGUUUUUACA